AUGCACCCAUUCACACAGCCAGGAAAGUGCAAUCGUGGUAUAAGGGGCAUGCAACUCAUCUGCAGCGUCUUCCAUAAACCAUUCCCAAAUGGUGCGGGGCCAUCAGGUGGCAACGCCAAAGAAGCUAGACGAGAAACAGAUGGUGCUGCCAACCGCGGCCCUGAUCCACAGAGGAACAGAGGUCAGGCCCCACAGACUCCAGAAGGACCAGUACAGCCACCUCAGCCUACGAACGCUGAACCUGGACCAAGUGGCACUGCUAAUCGCGGCCGUGGUCCACAGGGCCCUGGAGGACAGGCCCCACAGAAUGUACGAGCAGGAGCACGUGGCGCUCAGCCUACAAAUAAUGCUGCUGGUGCAACAGGUGCUGCCAACGGUUCUCGACCUCUCUGCCCCAAUUGUCGUUUGCCUCUUCCAGAACAUGGAAAGCCAGGAAACCAGAAGAAGGAGAAUUAA